CACCGCAGUGCCACGAAACCAUUUCCUUUACCACGUCGUUCCCAGUAUGGAGUGCGCCAAUAAGAGAAAGAAGACAAAGAAGACCGCUGUACCUGCAGCCCUGCCAGCUGUCUGGAGAGAGCUCAGGAGAAACUAUUGGGCAGCAGUUCAGCAUGAAGCCCAGAACAUGAUCAGAAUGCAUAAACUCCUAAAACAAACCGCAUACCAACCGCAUACACCUCCCAGUCUCGAAUGUGACAACUUCAAGAAGAUGUUCGAUAUAUGGGUUGGCAGUCAACCAAAUUUUGAUGACAAGACUACUUCAACCCUCUACCAUGAGACUCUCCGAAAAUCCCAGGAACACCUGAAUGAGGCAGAAGACAACGAUCACCGCUACGCGCGCCUGCUACUUCAAUCCUCCAGCCUUCUGGAUAUCGAUAUACUUUACGAGCCCACGAAAGUAUCCCAGGACUUCCUUAAUCUACAGCCAAAUCUCCCAAAUGUUGAAUUUAUAACGGACGCCGCGGAUGGCACUGCAAACGGAGGGCCCGGGCCCGGGCUCUACGCCAUCUGCUGCAAUGAAUGCCGUCAUCCGAUGCGAUCCAAGGUAUACUACGAGUGUACGCAUGACUGCCGUCCUUAUGUCUGCUACGAGUAUACCGAGGAUGGCUGGCGGUAUUGCGGGUCUGAUACGCCGCCGCCGCCUGAGUUUGGGUUACGCCGUCUCUGCCCGACCUGCAAAAAUAAAGUCGAGGUCUGUUGGCCAGGACAUAGUUUGCGGCUGAGAGAAUACAAGGAUCCAGGUAUUCCUGGUAUUCUAGAACUGCGGAAACAGCUCGACACGUUCGCGAAUGGGGAUAUGUCCAAUGAGUCUUUAAACAGAGACAGUGAGGAGGAUACGGCAGAAGACGAAAGCGAGAUAGAUGAAAGCGAAACGUACUACGAAAGCGACACGGAAGAUGAAACGGACAUUGGCGAAUUCGGGGACGGCAACAAGGAUACGAUAGACGAGGGUGACACGGGAGAACCUGAGGAGGAGGAGAAUAUAGGUUCUCCUGGCGACGACAAGAAACAGGAUACAAAUGAGCCGGCACCUCCGGAUAAGCGUUCCUUGAAAGAAAAGCUGACACUCAGAUUGCUCAAGCCAAGGGAAAAGGAGAUUCCUAUGGCCAAGUUUAUGCGCACUUGGGCGCUGAUGCUGAAAGCAAAUCUGGCACCAGCUGGUAACUUCCAUUUGUCGUUGAUGUUUGGGCCUCUGAUCUUCGAGUCAGGAUUGAAGGAAAUCAAUCAUGGAGUAUUAGUAUCGCGCCGGCAUCCGCCCUCUCUACUUGCCCACAGCCUUGAUAGUGCGCUAAAAGUGCGAUGUCCGUUUUUCUAUCGACAUAAGCGGACUAAGCGACUUGAAUAUCAGCACAAGAAGGUAUCAAUCGAGCAACGCGCCUUGCUCGCCUGCAUCAAGCGGGUAUACGGAGGCGCAUUCUCAGGCUAUCCCGAAUCAGCCCGAGACCGCGAGGCCAGAGUGAUUGACAUUCUCGUCGAGGAAGCAAAUGCGUAUGGAGCCAUCCCCAGGACCAAGUCCGCCGCGCGCAAAGUGGAACUACUCAAAGAAGCGGCGAAAAGGAUAACGCGCUCAUUAAAGGAGUGUCUUGGGAGUGAAGUCGACAAACAUCUGGACCGCUUUGCCAGAAUCCUGGUUGAGAAGCAGAUGGCCAAGGGUUGGAAUAUGUGGACGAACAGCUGCCAGUGGCUUGUUAUGCGCCUGCUGGACGGUGAAGAUUUCGAGUCCAUCAUUCCACGCUUCUUGGGCAAACCUGACGAGGCUGACGAAGAGAGCUGUCGCUGGCCGCGGUAUCUUGUUAGCUUUGGGCCCAAUAUCGAGGGAUUCAAUCAGACCUUCUAUCAGCCCAGCAGCAUGAUUACGGACUUUUGCCAAAGCCGGCCCACUAUAGACUACGACCUGAUCGAGCAUAUAUCUCUGCGCCGGAAGGAAUCGCCCGACACUCUACCGGCAUCUUGGAUUCACCUUUCCUUGUGCGAUGCCAAGUUCACAGCGAAGACUGGAACGGAUUCUCCCAUCUCAAUGGACGCACUAUGGGCAAUGCCAUGUGACACCUUGUCCAUGCUUCAAUUCCACCUUCUCCGUCAACCAUCCAAGUACCACAGUGAAGGGAACUGGAGCCGGAAUCGCUUCCGGGUCUUGGAACUGCUCGAUACCUUCGCCUCUCUCGCCGGCGCACUGGGGGCCUCUCUCGGCGCCCUUCUAUCCCGAGACAACAAGCUAGUCUCCCAGAUCAUCGUCCCCAGUGCGCGCGUUUUCGGGAACAUCCCCGCGAGCGAACAUGUACGGAUCGUGCGCCUCUCGUCUCGAUGGGCCGGGUACGACAUUACCAAUCGCGUUCCUAGCGCAAUGGGCGAAGCCAGGAGACUCCGGAGGAAGCUGCAGAAGGCUGCGGGGGCUCGAGGUGACCCGGUGCAUGGCGAGGAGGUGCUUUCGGCCUUGGUAGAGAUUUUCCUCACGCCGCUUGUGGUUGUGGGCGGGGGUAAGCUCGCUGAGAAUCUCGGUCAGAUAUUCAGGUUCUAUCAUAAUGGGCCUUGGAUUACGCUAAAUGGGUUUGGGCAUACACUUGUUUGUCCAUUAUUUAUAAGAAAGGUAAACUGUAUAAGAAGCUAAAUAGACCUAUAUAUAUAUAUUGUAGGUGGAUGGUAUAACUUGUAUAACCCAGGAGAAAUAGAUAUAGCUUGUUAAAUAUUGAAAACUCACAAUAGCGUGA